AUGGACUCGCUGGUUAACGACCUCAGUUCGGAGACCAACCAGUCGAAUGUGACCGGCGACCCUGACGCCGAUGCAGACUACGGGUUCAAACUCAUGUGCAAGUUUUGGAAUAUUCUAAAAGAAGUUCCCGCCUGUGAUUUGCAGAAUGUAAUUCAGCAGACAGAAGGAGGAAAUAGUGGCAUGUUUGGGUCACAGAUCUCGUGCUACCAAGUGGGUAAAAACGACCCAAAGUCCUUAAAAGAAUCAUGUGGCAAAGAUACCUGUGCAAAAACCAUCGAUCCCGAAUCCAAAGCGUCAGGCACUUCGUGCUGUGCUAUAAAAUCUAAGCCGGACACUCCGCCUCACGGGAAAUGCUGUUCCAAAGGUGCCACUGAACCAGUGACGCCUCUUUGUCAGGCGCUACAGAACAUGAAGCGGGCUGCUUCGACGGAGAAACAGUGUUACGAGAAAGCAACAGAGCUUUCGAGUGUUCAAGAACAAUUGAAGGCGCAAAUCGCUCAGUUAGAAAACAGAGAACAGGAUGAAAUUAAGCUAUUGAAAGAGGCCGAUAAUAUUUGGAAGGCGAUGGAAAACGAAUACAAGCAGAAGCUGCAACAGUCAAAGAAAAGACAAGAGGAACUACUAAAAGAGCUAACUGAAGUCGAAGUGAGUGCAAGUAAGUGGAAGAAAAAUAAAAAAAAUCUUGAAGAACAGAUGUCAACAAUAGAUAAAUGUAUACUAGAAAUAAAAGAUACAUGCAGAAAGAAAACAAACGACAUUACAACUAUACAAGCGGAGAUGGCUGAUUUAGAAAAAAAACUUGUGAGAAAUACGAAUGACAUACAGAACGCAUCGGAAACUCUUGAAGCCAAAAGAAAAUGCCAUUUGGAUUCCAUGAAGAAAUUGACAGAGGAGUCAAAAAAGUUAGAAAUUGUGAAAAAAACUGAAGAACAACUAAAAAAAGAAAAAAUUGAGCAAGGCCACGAAUGUGUUAAAGAAGCGAGAGAAGAAUUAGCUCUGAUUUGCCGAGUUUUAUUGAAAAAGAAGCUCGAAAAUGAAGAUCUCCGAGCAGAGGCAAAAGCCCUUGCGGAAGAAAUAGAUUUGCUUCAAAUAACAUGCGACACAUGUGGUGAAAAAUGUAAAAACAAGGAGCAGACUUUGAAAUCGGAAAUCGAAAAGUGUGAAUGCGAUAUUAAAAAAUUCCAAUUGAGGUGUACCAAGUGCCACGUAUCAUGUGAUACAGAUAAUUUAAGAAAAUAUUGUACGGACUGCCCUAGGUGUAAAGAAGAAAUGGAAUCUUGUGUAUACAGUGGUGACACAUGUGAUGGACCUGCAAAGCCAUGUAUCUGCGUGAAUAUUAAAACCCAGUUUAUGAACAAUGUGUUUGACAACAUGCAGACAGUAUUAGAAAGGCAAAUUAAUACUAAACCUGGUAAAGUUGUGGCAGGGCAAGUUUUGCAAUGCUUGAAAAAUAGCACUAAUGGAAAGUUGGAUGGCGCAACUAGGAAAAAACUGCAGGAAUUCAUUUUAGCAACAGUGAAAACUAAUUUGAACCUGACUAUUAUUGGCGGUGCUGUUAAAACGCGCUGCGAAAUGGAUCCUGACACAUACAAAGAGCUAAUGAAGUGUAUGACUAUGGUUAAGACUAAAAAACCAGAAAAAGCGGAAAAAGGAACUGAUGCAAGAAAGGAGCCCUGUGCCCGAUGGGGUGGUUAUAACGAAUGCAAUUGCCCGAAAGGACCUAAGAAUUGUAUAUGUAUGAAAAAGGCCCCAAAGCCUGCUUCUGACCCAGAGCCUUGUGGACAACUUGAAGAAGAUAAAAAAGAUAUUGGCCAGCUAUCAGUAUGUCCUCACAAGGAUAGUACUCCGUGCGGUCCCUUGUGUGCCAACGCGUCCGAAGUAGCCAAAACGGUGGCGAAAAAGUACAAACCCAUCCCUUGUAGCGGCGAAAAAUGCAAGUUUAAUAGUAACAUGAGAGCAGCCCAGUGUACGCUUGGUAGCGAUUGCAUCGACAACAGAGUAAUAGGGACCAAAGGUUACAAGACGAAUACUCCUAUUAUUCAUCUUCCGCCUGAUAUGGGUCAGGUGUCCAUGAUCUUCGUAAUGAAAUGA